AUGACAGCAAUCCCCAAGAUAAAACGAUACGCCCUAAUCGGCACAGGCGGCCGCGCCAUGUUCUUCUACACAGCUAUCGUGCGCGACUUCCACGACGCAGCCCAACUUGUCGCCUUCUGCGAUACUAACACCACCCGCCUCGCAUACGCAAACAGUCGCAUCGAGGCAUUAGGACACAAACCCAUCCCAACAUACCACGCCCUUGACUUCGACCGCAUGAUCGACGAGACCCACCCGGACGAAAUCAUCGUAACCACCAUCGACCGCACGCACCACCAAUACAUCAUCCGCGCUCUAGAACGCGGCUGCAAUGUCGUCACCGAGAAGCCGAUGACCAUCGACGCGCCGCGGUGCAGACAAAUUCUCAACACCGUCGAUCGCACGCAGCGCCAGGUACGCGUCACUUUCAACUAUCGGUAUGCGCCGCAUAACACGCGGAUCGCGGAGCUGUUAGCUUCGGGGGCCAUUGGUGACGUGCACUCGGUGCACUUUGAGUGGAUGCUGAAUACUUCGCACGGAGCGGAUUACUUCCGGCGGUGGCAUCGGGAUAAGCGUAACAGCGGCGGGUUGCUGGUGCAUAAGUCAACGCAUCAUUUUGAUCUGGUGAACUUCUGGCUGCGGACGAGGCCUGAGACGGUGGUUGCUAUGGGGGAUCUCCGAUUCUACGGGAAGGAGAAUGCGGAGCGACGGGGUGAGACGAAGUUCUACUCUAGAGCUCGGGGGAGUGAGGUGGCUAGGGAGGAUCCGUUUGCGUUGGAUUUGGAGGCGAAUGAGCAGCUUAAGGCGCUAUAUGCGGAUGCGGAAUGGGAGGAUGGGUAUUAUCGGGAUCAGAGUGUUUUUGGGGAUGGUAUUAGUAUUGAGGAUACAAUGGGUGUGAUGGUGCGGUAUCAAUCUGGUGCGGUAUUGACUUAUAGUCUUACUGCGUACGCGCCUUGGGAGGGGUUUCGAGUCAACUUCAAUGGGAGCAAGGGCAGACUCGAGGUUGAGGUCGUGGAACAAUCAUAUGUGAAUUCGGGAGGAGAGCAGGCACUAGAGGGCGCAUUGGAAAGUCGGACCAUCUUCCUGCGACCAAUGUUGGGCAAGCCCGUGGAGAUUAAGGUACCAACGGGUGAAGGUGGCCAUGGUGGUGGUGAUCCCCAGUUGCUACAAGAUAUCUUUGGCAUCCAGUCCCUGGAUCCACUGAACAGAGCCGCGUCCCAUUUGGAUGGAGCGUGGUCGAUUGCAACGGGCAUUGCGGCCAAUGAAUCGAUUCGGACGGGACAGAUGGUGCGGGUGGCGGAGUUGUUACAGCUGUAA